AUGGCGAGCGGCGAGACGCUGGACGAGUUCGCUGGCAAGCUCGGGGCCAUGGCGGCGCGCUUUGCAGGGCUCGGAUCGACGCUGGAGGACGCAGCCAUGGUGAAGAAGCUGCUGGACUGUGUCCCCGAUCGCCUGUACGCGGCGGUCGCCGAGAUGGAGCAGUUCUGCAACCUGGAGACGCUUCUGUUUGACGACGCACGGGGACGCCUCAAGGCUUUUGACGAGCGACUGCGACGGCGCGGACAGGCGGACGGCAGGCGUGCUGACGGGCAACUCAUGUACACGGCGGAGCAGUGGAGGGCUCGGGAGCGGUGUCAGGGCGGUGCACGCGGGGACGACGACGACGACGCACGGAGUGAGGCGUCGAGCAUCGGCGGCAACCGGCGCGGGCGCUGCUACAAGUGCGGCGUGCGCGGCCACUUCAAGCGGGAGUGCCCGCAGCUCAGGAAGGCGCCGGCGGCGGAGCGAGCUCUGCUCGUGGACGACGUGGAGGACGCCGGGUUGCUCUGAGCCGCGGCUUAGGGCGCGAAUGUUAGGGCACAUAAGCCGCGGCGGCGAGUUCAUCGCGUCGGGCGCGUGUAUGGGCGCGCGCCGGGCGACUUGGACGCGUCAGGACCGUGGCGAGUAGUGCGUGCGUGCGUGUAGGUGCAGCACAGGCGUGUCCGUGCGGACGUGCGCAGUG